AAAAAAAUUUUUUUUUUUCUUCCCAUAAAAACUCUUAUCAUUUCUUUGUGGAAUCGGAGAUCAUACUAUUGGAAGAAAUUUUAUGCAUACGCACUACUUUUCUGAUUGCAAUUUUUUUCUUAUCACAUAUUGUACAACUUAAAUUUCUAAAAAAAUAAAUCAGUCACCAUUGUUUCUGAAGAUUUAUUUAAAUUUAGUUAACUUAAAUUUUAUUAACUUAUAAAUAUUUAACCUGUUCCCAUCUUUUUUUUCCCCCCUUAUCUUUCAUACCGUCUUUCUAUUUGAUACCCAACCUUAAUAACCUUAUAUAUAUUAUAUAUUAUAUAUAAUUAUUGCAAAUUUUUUUUAAAAAAAACAAUGUUAUCGGAUUUAUCAUCAACUUUAUUAAAAGAUAUUCGACAACUUUUUGAAGAUGCAGACGAUUAUAAUGUAACAAUUCAAGUUGGAGAAGAACCUAAUAUAGAAGUUUUAAAUGCACAUUCAGUUAUUUUAAGGGCUAGGUCAUCAUAUUUUCGAUCAGCAUUAUCAUCAAAAUGGGCAAAGAAAAAAGGAGAUACAUUUACUUAUAAAAAACCAAAUAUAUCACCUAAAAUAUUUAAAGAAAUUCUUAGAUAUAUUUAUACUGGUACAAUUAGUUUAAAUGAUAAAGCCGAACAAGGGGAAUUAUUAAAAUUAUUAGUAGCAGCAGAUGAACUUGAAUUAGAAGAAUUGGUUGAACAUAUUCAAGAACAUAUUAUUACGAAUGAAAGUGAAUGGUUAAAAAAAAAUAUCGUACAUGUACAACAAACUGCUUCAAAACAUAAAGCUUGUGGUAGAUUACAUUCUUAUUGUGAAAAAAAUAUAAGUGAAGAUGCUUCAUUAAUCUUUCAAUCUGAUGAUUUUACUUUAAUUGAAGAAACUUCUUUAAUCGCUUUGUUAAAACGUGAUGAUUUAUCUAUGAAUGAAAUUGAAGUUUGGGAUCAUGUUAUUAAAUGGGGUAUGGCACAAAAUCCAAAUCUUUCAUCAGAUGUUAAAACUUGGUCAAAAGAAGAUUUCAAUCUAAUGGAACAAACUUUAAAAGGAUGUAUGGCGCAUAUUAGAUUUUUUCAAAUUUCUUCUACUGAUUAUUUUUAUAAAGUUAGACCUUUUAAAAAAUUAUUACCUUCAGAUCUUAAAGAAAAUCUUAAAGAACAUUUUAUGGUACCUGGAGUUGAACCAAAAUUUGCAGUUUUACCUCCACGUAAAAGUAAGAAUAGUAAAAAGGACAAAUUACCAGGUUCUAAUAUUAUAUCAAGUCAACAUGCUUCUCUCAUAUCAAGUUGGAUUGAUAGACAAGAUUUUAGUUAUAAUAAUGAUAAUUUUAACAUUGAUGAAAUUCCUUAUGAAUUUAAUUUAUUAACUCGUGGUUUUCGUGAUAGUCUUACACGUCAAGAAUUUCAUAAUAAAUGUAAUAAUCAAGGUCCUACUCUCGUAAUAUUAAAAGUUUUGGGUACAGGUCAAAUUAUUGGUGGUUAUAAUCCUGUUAAUUGGAGUUCAUCUGGUAAAUGGGUUACUACUAGAGAUAGUUUUAUUUUUUCUUUAGGAGAAGGGAAUGAUUUAAAAAGUGAAGCUAUUUUAAGUAGAGUUCAAAAUCAUGAACAAGCUAUUCGUGAUUGUGCUAUCAGUUAUGAAUGUGUUGGAUUCGGAUGUGGCGAUUUACGUAAGUUACAAGUGUUAUAGGUGCCUAUGUAAAUUUACGCAAAUUGCAAGCUAAUAAAUGUUUUUAUCUAUUUUUCUUUUACAGACAUAAUUGAAGGAACAAGUACAAGAAAAGAUUAUGACC